GGCAGGUAGUAAACAGACAGGUAGCUGUAGACUGUUCUAGCAGCUGGUAAAUACGGCCAGUCCAUCCUGAAACCGUGAACUUAGCAAGUAUUCUGCUUCUGCACAUCUCCUAAAUCUACAGUUAAAUAGUGCAGUUUUCAAUUACAACUAAAAUUAAUGAAUUAAAAUGUUAAAAAUUAGAGCAGACCACGAACUUAUUGCCCCCUCCUCACUUUUAACCACAGAUGAUGGAAUUACUGAAGUUGACCUACCCAGCCAUCUAUCAGGGCAACAGGAAGAAGAUGGAGAUAGAGAAGAUUUGGAAGGAUCAUGCGGAGAAGGAAAUAAUAAUGUUCACGGAAAAUUACACUUUAGAACGAAUGAUAGAAGUAUUCUGUUUAGCUCAAGAUUGGAUGAGUUUACAAAUAAGAUCACAUGCUUAGCUUGUCAGCAGAAUUGUAAGAGCUUUCCAAUCUGGAGAUUGCAUUGUUUGCAGCACCAGGACUUACCAGGAUUAACCCCUACCCUUGUAUCUCUGUAUCCUCCAGAAAAUGAUUCCCGUCCUUUUCCUCAAAAGCGAUUUCAGUGUGAAAGAUGCAAACGGAAAUUUGCCACAGCUCAGGAGAGAAAUGAGCACAACAAUAACACUGUUAGAAUUGUCAGGUUAGUUUGUCCGCAGUGUAAUGGGCAGUACAGUGACUUAGAACAACAUAUACAGGAAUCCCACCAAGGAUGUGUAGAGUGUGGAAAAUGUGGAUUAGAAACUAUACAACUUGUUGCUCACUGCCAUUCAUUACAUCAAGGCUUCAGCAGUGUUUUAGCAGAGAGUACUACAACUUGUUUUGGAGAUGGAAUAAGUGCCGAGUGGAAGGAAGUGGUUUUAGAGACACCGGCAUUUUUUCUUGCCUCAGAGGUAAAACCAGAUGACUCUGAACCUGCUGAAAGUCCUCUACCCAAAUCUCAAGUAAAUCCGCAUGAUUCUAUCCAGCUAAAAUCCGCGAACCAACCUUUGAUCAAAAAAGAAAAUAAACUUGAGAAUAUCGUCUUCAAUCAUCAAGACGAGACGACAUCCUCUCUAAAAUUUAUUCCACGGUAUUCUGAUGACAGCCCAGUGUUAGAAAUGUCAAUAGAACAACGAGAGCAGAAGAAUAUCGAGGAAUAUGAAAGGUAUAAAGAAGAUGCAAAGUCAAAGAUAGGAAUCAAGAAUGAAUGUGAAAUCUGUGGAUUUAUCCCCUACACUAAGAAUAAAUACAGAGAAAAACAGGAUCAUCUGGCUAAGAUGCAUUUUAAAGAGAAAAUAGACAGACUGCUGCCCAAAAGACCGUACCUGUGUCCUAUUGAACAGUGUGAAUAUAACGGCAAGGACAGGCAAGACAUUCUUAGGCACUAUACUGGAAAGCAUAAUAUAUUGAAGAUGUGGGUUGACGAAUUUUUAAAAUCUCGGAAGAAUUCUACCCCAUCCGCUCUUUCUCCGGGCCGCAUACCCUCAUUGGGCCUUCAGAAAGAGAAACUUACUGGGGCUGCUGGUGGACUUGAUUCAAAUGUUCUCACUUUCGCAGAUAUGGAGGCCAUGGCUAGAGAAAAAGAGAUGGAGAUGAGAGGUAAAAAAAGAACUCACAACGGCAUUGAAAUCUCUGAACUUAAAAAAGAAAAUGGCGUUUCCACUAUUUUUACAAACAAGCAAAGUUCUCAAGCACAUGUACCCAUCAAGCCGAAAUUAGAGGGAUAUUUAGAAGGGGUUGCCCAUGACCUUCUGAACACCCCUGUAACCGGCACAGUUACAAUCUCAACUCCUUCCGGUCAAAUCAGUCUCAGUAGACAAUCCAGAUAUUUUAGGAAAUCAGUUGAGAAGGUUUCAGAGUCCUUCAAACUAUUGACAGCUCCAGAAGCUGGAGCUGAAGCCCCUGUUAUUCCUCUCUAUCUCUACAAAUGUGAUCAGUGUACAGGGAAGGUCGUCUUCAAAUCAAUAGAAGGUUUAAAGCAUCACAAGAUAGUUGAGCACCCCCUGGAGGAUGAAGAGAUUGAUGUAGAUCCUCUAGCAGCCUCCCCCCCGGCCUCCGUCCUCCCUCUGACCAAGGAGCAUCAAUGUAUUGGAUGCAGUAUGAGGUUUAUUUCUCAACAAGCACUUGAUCUUCACCAGUCUAUUUGCAAGAAUACAGCAGCGUCAAGUUCCUUAGCUGGAGUUUCAUUGGUUCUGGGAACAUCAUUGCUAAGCUCUGUUCCCAUCACAUCUCUCACCGUUCCAGGAGGAUCCUCUGUUACAACUACACCCCUCACCGUUCCAGGAGGAUCUUUCGUUCCCAUAACACCACUAAACGUUCCAGGAGGGGAACUGCCCAAGAAGAAAGCAAGACGACCUCCUCCAAAUCUUGUUCCUAUCUAGUCAACUUUUUCUUAAAGAUUGCAAAUUAAUCAGAAUUUUGCUUUUAAAAACAACAUACUCAUGAGUCAUGACAGAGAAAUGUGUAAAAUAUAUAUUUAUAAAUUUGGGAUAUAAAGAUGCAGAGUCACCUACUAUAGAAUGAGCCUGCAGAGACGACAGUAAAUGAAUUUAUUUAGUCCUUUGUCUUAAAUUGCUUGCUCUUAUUUUACAUAUGAUACAUUAUAUCUAAAAGCAAAAGAAAAAGAUUAAAAGCUUUGUGGGUAACUCUGUACACUCAGUGUAAAAAUCAUAUGAUUUCUCUUAACUUAAAUAUUUGAAGGAAGUGUGAUAUGGCUUACUCUGUAUUCUGUAAUUAACUUCACUGUUCUUUCAUGAACGCCGAUUGGGUUCAAGAUACAAAUGCGGUACAGUACAGUACAGUACAGUACAGUACAUUGGGUUCAAGCUACAUGUGCAUUUAAAAAUAUCUAGAUAUCAUUCCAAAUAAGUAAACGUAUAAAGUCAUGAAUUUAAUGUGAAAAAUCAAAUAAUUUUUAAGUUUAAGAAUUUUUAAAUCUUAAAAAACAACAUUUUUAUUUAAUUUUUUAAGGAAACAAUAAAUGCCUAAACUUAAUAAGUUAAACUUUUGGCCUAAUUUAUUUGUAAAGUUAACAUUAUCCUGCAAUAAUUGUAAACAUUAUGAUUAAUAACUAUUUUCAAUAAAUACUAAAUCGUAA